AUGAUUUUUAAUGAUUUGGGGCAUGAUGUCUUGAAAGCUGCAUGUGAGGGAUUUAAUGCUUGUGUGUUUGCCUAUGGACAAACUGGAUCAGGAAAAUCCUACACAAUGAUGGGUCACACGGAGGAAAAAGGGUUAAUUCCAAGGAUCUGUGAAGGCUUGUUCUCCAAAAUAGCUGAAAGAAGCAUGCUCGAUCAUCAUGUCUCAUUUCGUACAGAAGUCAGCUUUAAGGAGAUCUACAAUGAACGUGUGCAUGAUCUACUCCAAAAGAAGAGCAUGGCUACGGAUGGUGGAGGUUUAAGAGUUCGAGAACACCCGAGGGAUGGGCCAUAUGUUGAGCAUCUAUCUAAGCACUUGGUUCACAGCUACAGGAACAUGGAAGAGUUGAUAGCUGUUGGGAAUGCCAAACGUAUCACUGCCAGCACGGGGAUGAAUGACUGCAGUAGUCGCUCACACGCCAUCUUUACCAUCAACUUUACUCAGGCAUGGUUUGAUGCCGAGUUGCCAUGUGAGAUGCUGAGUAAGAUCCACCUGGUCGACCUGGCUGGCAGCGAGAGGGCUGAUGCAACUCGCACUUCAGGCGUCAGGCUGAAGGAGGGAGCCAACAUUAACAAAUCCCUCGUCACCCUCGGCACUGUCAUCUCGGCAUUGGCUGACCUCAGUGCGGUAGAGCGAACAAGCAAAAAGCAGAAGAUCUUCAUCCCAUACAGAGAUUCUGUGCUGACAUGGCUGCUUAAAGACAGCCUGGGUGGAAACUCAAAGACCACCAUGAUUGCAACCAUUUCCCCCGCUGAUCUGCACUAUGCAGAGACCUUGAGCACAUUGCGAUACGCUAGCCGUGCGCGAAACAUCGUGAAUUCCCCAACAGUGAAUGAAGACAGUAGCGUCAAGUUGAUCAGAGAGCUGCAGGCAGAGGUCACCAGGCUGAAGAAUCUACUAGAAGGAACCAAACUGGUUUCUCAUAAACAGCUGUCUUCCUCACUGAAGGUAGAGGAGGAGCUGCAUCAGAAUGAGGAAAAGAUUUAUACCCUAACCAAGGAGUGGACCUGCAGAUGGGAGGAAACCCAUAGUGUUCUGGAGUUGAGCCAACUCACCAGUUGGUGUUGCUGCAGCGCCAAUAAACAGCCAGGCAUGUUGCAUCCUUUCCACCCCACCCGCCACAAAGACCACGUCACUGUCUGCAACCAGCCUCCACAGAAACCGUCUUUAUAG